AUGAUUAUGUACAUUGUAUUUAUUUUAAGUGUAAUUUUUGUGAUGGGCUUUGUAGGGUUUUCUUCAAAACCUUCGCCUAUUUAUGGGGGGUUGGGAUUGAUUGUGAGUGGUGGGGUUGGGUGUGGUAUUGUGUUAAAUUAUGGUGGUUCUUUUUUAGGUUUAAUGGUUUUUUUAAUUUAUUUAGGGGGUAUAAUGGUGGUUUUUGGUUAUACGACAGCUAUGGCUACUGAGCAGUAUCCUGAGGUUUGGGUUUCUAAUAAGGUUGUUUUAGGAACGUUUAUUACUGGUUUGUUGAUGGAGUUUUUUAUAAUUUACUAUGUGUUGAAGGAUAAGGAGGUGGAGAUUGUGUUUAAGUUUAAUGGUAUGGGGGAUUGGGUAAUUUAUGAUACAGGGGAUUCUGGGUUUUUUAGUGAGGAGGCCAUGGGGAUUGCUGCUUUGUACAGCUAUGGUACUUGAUUAGUUAUUGUUACCGGUUGAUCUUUAUUAAUUGGUGUAGUGGUGAUUAUAGAGAUUACUCGUGGAAAUUAA